AUGAGCUCCUCCUUUCCAAAAUCCGAUUCCACGACCUCCUUGCUGAAAUCAUCCUCCGCGGCGAGGAGACCAACACACCUCCCUGAACGCACAGCAGACAGCCGGAGAAGUCAGCAUCACCAUCAGCAUCAGCACCAGCAUCACCACCGUCCCGCCGCCCUCCAGAGCAGCAGCAAAGCCGAGGAGUCCUUCUGGUCGGCCGAGUGCGACAUCAGUGCCCGGAGACCCCUGUGCCACCCGUCCCUCCUCGGCAGCCAGGACAGUAGUAAUAAUGCAGCCACUCGGGGCAAGUGUAAGUCACAUGCGCCUCACAGCCAAGUUCCAGACCCGGAGCCAAACGGCGAGGCGGGCCGAGGUGUGAGGGAGCGCUGCAGGUCAUCCAAACCCACACACCGGCACCACCACCGCCGGAAACACAACCGGGAGGACCGUCCACCGGCAGCAGGUCCACCUGAACCCGAGCAUCCCCGCCGCUGCCAUACGCACUCCCGACCGGUCCCCAGGGUGCCCUCUCUGUCGGACAGCAACGACGACAGGGCUCCUCUCUGUGAGCCCAGGGACCACAAGGGGGGCAGUUUGCCUAAUAGCGGCGGUCAGGUCAGCAGUCCAUCCCCGUCCUCCUGCUCCCUGGUCCCGCUGUCCAGCAGGUCCUCUCGCCGCUCCCGCAGGUCCAGCGCUGCUUCUUCUGCAUCCGACAUCAACUUACGCACUAUCCUCAAUUCACUGUUUGGACAGGACAGGGAGCUGCGGCCAGAAGAAAUGGACGAGCUGCGGGAUGCUUUCAAAGAGUUUGACAAGGACAAGGAUGGGUUCAUCAGCUGUAAAGACCUUGGCAACUGUAUGAGAACCAUGGGAUACAUGCCCACUGAAAUGGAGCUGAUUGAACUGAGCCAACAGAUCAACAUGAACUUGGGAGGUCAUGUUGAUUUUGAGGAUUUUGUAGAGUUGAUGGGCCCAAAACUCCUCGCCGAAACCGCAGACAUGAUUGGAAUAAAAGAGCUAAAAGAGGCGUUCAGGGAGUUUGACAUUAAUGGAGAUGGUGCCAUAAGCACAUCUGAGCUACGGGAUGCAAUGAGGAAGCUGUUGGGCCAACAGGUGGGUCUGAAGGAAGUAGAAGAUAUCCUGAGAGAUGUUGAUUUAAAUGGCGAUGGACUCGUUGAUUUUGAAGAGUUUGUUCGAAUGAUGUCUCGCUAAGAUCAUAAAACGGUCGCUCCUGAAUGUGAAGCUGCGUCCUCCUCCAUACUUCACCAAGUACAACGGAGGACACGCUAAGACCUCUGAGCCACCCACAUCUGAAUGACACUGGAACUGAAACUCCUUGAAUGUUAUGGAGCGAGGAGUCACCUCACACUUUCAAACAAUAAGUGUUCUUCCUGAAAAGUCUCCAGUUCAACUGAGGCAGAAUUUGCUGUAGCCUAGCUGAUGAUUGUCCAACUUAUGUUUUUGCACUUUAAUUCUCACUAAAUAACUUCCUGUGUGGAUAGAUUG